AUGGCGGCAUUCUUGAAAGCAUGGGAAAGUGUAUGCCAAAGUACAAAUCCCCCCACCAUGACUAUUCCAGCAGGGAAAACCUUUCUCCUUAAUCCAACUACUUUUAGAGGCCCGUGCAAGUCUCCUGCUAUCAAUAUCCAGUGUGUGGAUGGCCUUAGCAUUCAAGGAAGUGGGACAAUAGAUGGUCAAGGACAUGCAUGGUGGCCCAUCAAGAGUGCUCAAGAGACCCAUGCAUUGAGCUUCGAUGUGUGCACCAAUCUAAAACUGAGGGAUUUGCACAUUGUUAAUAGCCAGCAAAGACAUAUCGCAAUUCAUAAUUCUAAUACUGUUUACAUAGGGGGUCUCCAUAUUAAUUCUCCAGAAGAUGGCCCCAACUCUGAUGGGGAACUCGAGAACAGUUUUAUUGCCACUGGUGACGAUUGCAUUUCCAUUGGUGAUGGCACGUAUGAUGUAAAUGCAUCCAAAAUCACUUGUGGCCCGGGUCACGGCAUCAGCAUCGGAAGUCUCGGUAAAGAUGGGACUCGUUCAACUGCAGAAAUGAUACAUGUUAAGGAUUCUUUCUUUAUUGGAACUAAAAAUGGGGCUCGGAUUAAGACAUGGCAGUUGGGAAAAGACUCUGAUGAUGAUAGUGAUUAUGAUAUUGCUAUGAAUAUGCGUGUCCCAGAUAUAUCGAAUCCCAUGUAUAGAUAUAUCCGAAUCUUAGCAGAUAUAUUUCCUCAGAAUACAAGACAUCAAUCCUCAACAUUGCGACCCUCUGGCAUAAUGUUGCAAACAUCAGCUGUUAAGGUGAGCGAUGUCCAAUUCAUAGGGGUGCAUGGAACAUGUAAGAGUGAGGUGGCCGUCUCAAUAGCAUGCAGUGAGAGCAUUGCGUGCACAAACAUAGUGGUAAAUGGCCUUGAAAUAAGAUCUAGUGAGCCCCAAGUUUCUAUCACCACAUAUUGCCUCAAUGCUCAUGGAACUGCUCAGG